UCUCGGGUCAACAGUUACAGAGCUAACGACGCAGGAGCUAAAAGCUAACCUGAAAUGGCGACGGCAAUAUACUUGGAACAUUACCUUGACAGUAUUGAGAAUCUACCAUGUGAGCUACAGAGAAAUUUUACUUUGAUGCGGGACCUGGACAACAGGACUGAAGAAAAGAAAGGUGAGAUUGACAAACUGGCUGAAGAGUACAUACUGAAUGUGAAGAACCUGGCCUCAGAACAAAGAGUGGAGCACCUGCAGAAGAUCCAAAAUGCCUACAGCAAGUGCAAAGAGUUCAGCGAUGACAAAGUCCAGCUUGCAAUGCAGACCUACGAAAUGGUGGACAAGCAUAUCCGCAGACUGGAUGCAGAUCUGGCACGGUUUGAGAAUGAGCUGAAGGAGAAACUGGAAGUGAGCGGCUAUGAAAGUACAGAUGGAAGAGCAUUGAAAAAGGGCGAUUCUCGGGGGCUGAGAGAAAAGCGUGGAUCCAGAGCACGUGUGAGGAAAGGUUCUGAUGAAGAUUCUCCAAGAAAGAAAAAGAUGAAAAACAGCCCAGACUUGAGUGAAGCCCUCCUGCCUAUGCAGCCAUCAGACGUUUUGGACAUGCCAGUAGAUCCCAACGAGCCUACAUACUGCCUGUGCCAUCAGGUGUCAUACGGAGAGAUGAUUGGAUGUGAUAACCCAGAUUGUCCGAUUGAGUGGUUUCACUUUGCUUGUGUUGAUCUUGCCACUAAGCCCAAAGGAAAAUGGUUUUGUCCGAGAUGCACCCAAGACAAGAAGAAAAAAUGAGAUUUAUUGUUUUUAGAAAUACUUAUAACUAAUAAUGUAUGUAUUUCGGUGUAGUUUAAUAGUGUAAUAUAUAUAUUUCAGCUCCUAUUACUCUCCAUAGAGAUGGUGGGUCACACAGCUUUUUUAAAGGCCUAAUCCGGAUUUGGAGUAUAGCUACACUUGUGGCACAUCAUCGCUGUUUUAUUGGCUUCACUGUUUGUGUCAUUGUUUUUAAGACAGCUGUCUUUGUCCAGUAGCUUUAAAAUAAUCAUAUCACCUAUAUGUUAUUAGUGUACUCUGGGUAAAUUUGUCUGGGCAGUGAAGUUGACGUUACACAAAUGAUCACCCAUCAGAAAAUCAUAUAUUGUAUAUCUAAUGUAUGUCAGUAACAUACUCAAAGAUCCCGGAUUGUGGCUUUAGUAUACUUGAAACUUCAAUUUUAUAAAGAACUAUUUUUUAAACAAAUUGAAAGCCUGCUGAGAAUUUACAGUUUUAAACACCUAAAUCCUUACCAAAAAUUGUGGCGGUAAAAGGAAUUGUGUGUCAGAUUUUCCGUUACCUACCUCCUUAGAGAACACAUCAGCACUGCAUCAAUGACUGCAAUUGAUACCCAUGUAAAAAAUUAGUUUUGAUUAGCUUAAGCCAAACAAGCAAAGUAAUGUAAAUUGUCUGAUUCUCACGAAAACCUGUGACAUUUUUGAAUGUAUUGUGGUACUAAUGGUCAGUCAGUCAGUGUCUCUGAAUGAGGUUUUUAAGCACUUUGAAUGAAAUUUUCCCCUAAUGAGGUUUGAUACUGCAGGCGUGGUUUUAUGAUCAAGUUAAUCUCACUUAAAACUUUGCCAUAGUACAUUACAUCAAACCAUAUGGAAAUAUAUAUAUUUUGUAUAUGAAACAAUAUUUUGUGGACACGGUUUUCCCAAAGAUAUAUUUGUUGUAUUGAUUACUUAUUGGUGAACGCUCAAAUUUUAUUUAAUAGGAUUUUAGCAUCUUUCAUAUUCAACUGUGAAUAUUACUCAUGUAGGUAUAAGCCACAAAUAAAAGAGCCAAAGUCUUUGUAUUUUGUAAAUU